AUGGAGGACAGCGAGGAUAAAACAGCCGCUGCCAGUCACGAUCUUUUGAAUUAUGUCAAGCGUCUGGAAGGAAGAUUGAAUGCUGUUGAGGAAGGACGCUCUCAAGCAUCGGCUCCAAGUACGUCGCCCGGGUCACAGCGAGGUUCUCAUACCUCGGAAAACGCAAGUGUUUUUCGCGAGACACUCAAAAAUUACGGGCCAUUUGGCCAGAGGAUGACAGUAAAUGAUCUUAGUGGGGAGGAUGGCAUUGAACGGGGUGUAGAUAUACGUGCUGGAGCAGCUCGCGCUCAACAAGAGUACCCUCGUCAAGCACAGGGUCAAGGGAUGGUGAGAGAUAUGCCACCGCAAAGACAUCCCGUGAUGAAUCCGUUUGGCCCAUCUGGGGGUGUAACAAUACCAAAGUUGAACAUUCAGAAUUUCAACGGAGCUGAAAUAUAUGCAGGUCUCGGUGCAGGUUUUAAGCAGUGGGCUUAUUUGUUUAUCGAGGCAAUUGAGGUCACGGAAUUGUCCUCUGGUUUUGCUUGGACGGAACGUUUGAAGGUAAACAAGCUUGGAGAGCAUAUGGAAGUCCAUGCGGCCAGUUACUUCCAAGCAAAUAUUGGCAUCUGCUGCGCGCAAAAAAAACCUAUUGACGUGAAUAAGAAAUUUUCGAAUAUGGUAAUGAAUGUGGCGACAGAAGGCGUGCAAAGCGAUGUCCAAAAAGGAACUUUACAUCAUUUUCACGCUCGUUUGGGUCAUCUAGCUUAUGACACAAUUGAGAAACUGGCAAAAGAUUCCAGGUCAGGCAUUGCAAUAACGGAUCACUCGAGACCGAAUUGUCUGACAUGUGCCGAAGGAAAAUCUACAAGAGCAAAGCAAGCGCAGAAAGACACGGGUCAACACGCUCCGAUUUGA